AUGGAUGAACAAACCACCAAAGCCCCUGCCCAAAUGGAGGUAUCACAAAUGGGAACCGGCAGCUCAAGAGAAGUUGAUACUCACAGGGAGCUUCGUCGGGGUCUCAAGAGGCGUCACGUAUCUAUGUUUGCACUUGCUUGUGCUGUUGGCACCGGCCUCAUCAUCGGCUCGGGCACUGCUUUGACAAGAGGUGGUCCUGGAAGUAUGCUCAUUGCUUAUAUCUUGGUUGGGAUUGCCGUGUUUUUCAUCAUGACUGCACUGGGAGAGAUGGCCACAUUUGUGCCUAUGAGCAAAGGAUUCAGUGGAUACGCUACACGAAUGGUCGACCCAGCUUUUGGGUUUGCGACGGGGUGGAACUACUAUUUCCACUACAUCAUCAGCAUUCCCAGCAAUCUUACAGCUGCGGGCUUGAUCAUCCAAUUCUGGAGGCCAGACCUGAAUGUUGCCAUAUGGAUAACGAUCUUUGGGGUUGUGAUCGUUGCCAUCAAUGUUCUUCACGUCCAAAGCUUCGGAGAAUCUGAGUUCUGGUUCAGCAUUAUCAAAGUCUUGACCAUGACUGUCCUCAUCCUCACCUGCCUGAUUAUCUCCUUAGGCGGAAACCCUCAUCACGACCGCAUCGGGUUCCGCUAUUGGAACGCUCCUGGGGCUUUCGCCCAACACCUACUCACGGGAAACACAGGAUAUUUUCUCGGCUUUUGGGCUUGCAUGUGCCAAGCGUGCUUUGCGUAUGCAGGCACUGAAGUAGUGGGGAUGACAUUUGGGGAGAUUCCCAACCCAAAGAAGAACAUACCUCAUGCCGUAAAGCAGAGCUUCUACAGGAUAGUCUCCUUCUACGUCGUGGGCGUUUUUGUUCUCGGCAUGGCCGUGCCAUACUCCAACGAGCAACUGGUGGGUGCUACGAAACACUCGACCAGCGCAGCUGCAUCACCUUUCGUGGUCGCGAUCACUCUUGCAGGCAUCAACGUCUUUCCUGAUAUCAUCAAUGCUGCGUUAUUGGUGUUUGUUAUCAGCGCGGCUAGCAGCGAUAUCUAUUGCGCCUCCCGAUGUGUCUAUGGAUUGGCUAAAGAUGGUCAAGCACCUCGAAUCCUAUCCCGGACUCUCGCAAAUGGAAGCCCAAUCAUUGCGGUUAUUCUAAGCUCAUUGUUUAUUUUGCUCGGAUACAUGAACACCCAUAAAUCAACGGCGACAGUCUUUCAAUACUUUGUCAGCUUGAUGACCGUACUGGCCGUCUUGAAUUGGAUAGCCAUUCUACUAUCCUAUAUCGCUUUCCGACGCGCUCUGAAAGUACAGGGCAUCGCUAUCAACCAGCUUCCAUAUAUUGGCAUUCUACAACCCUACGGCGCAUACUAUGCACUAUUCAUUUCAGUUGUGGUUGUUAUAUUCCAGGGAUACAACGCUUUCAUACCACAUUUUGACGCCACGACAUUUGUCCUACAGUACCUGGGUAUUGUUUUGUUCGUGGGAAACGUCAUCCUCUGGAAGAUAUACAAACGAACAAGACGCGUCCGUGCAAGGGAUCUAGACCUCGUUACCGGAAGACAGGAAAUUGAUGCUGUAGAAAUCGAAUUGGAGGAAGAGAAGAAAGGCUUUGUAUUGAAACGAAUGCUUGAGAAAGUGCGUAGCCAAGCCUGA